AUGCCAUCUUCGCGACUGGAGCGUGGGAAGCCAUGGGCGAACGGCCGCAUUCUGAGCGCCGAACAGCGCGAGCGCAAGCGCAGGGUGGACAGGUUGAAUAAAUCCAGACGUCGAGAACAAGAGCAGACCGCUGUCAGAGAUGUCAAAUCUCAGCUUGCCACACUGACUGCAAACUUGCACUCUCUGCAGCGAGCACUCCCGGACAACGCAAAUUGUCUGCCUAGGAGGUUCGACACAGAUCUCGCCUCGACCUCAGACACCACAUUACCAUCCAACACCUCCGGGCCUGAGCUCUCUUCAGCCUACUUCAGCUUCAACGUCUCAUCUGAACCACCGGUACGUUCUUUCUCAAGCGACGUUGUUGAGCUCGAAGACGAAGUUCCCCACGUACUACCGCUUCCCACCGAGGCAACUGUCGGUGAUCGGUGCUUGCUUGUUUCUGGGGCAAGGUCCUUUGGCACCACGGUCUCGAUACAAGACCUCUUCAACCAACUGCUUCGCCAGGGCUGUGUUAGUGACCGGCGCCUCAUCUGUACCGAUGAGGCUCUGAACCAAAAUGCUCUGAUUCGGGGCAUCGUUCACGGCUGGCACACCGUCCUUGAGUCUCCCUUUGCCUGUCCAUUGUGGGAGGUCACAAGUCGGCUCGAUAAACAUAUCUUCGGAUACAGCUCGCUAAUCACCAGGUUCUGCACCUUACGUAUGACCCAUUACAUGCUGUUGUUCAUGACGCAAGCAAUCACAGCUGCAGAACUGCCACCAUGGCUUAGGCCAAGGCCAAGUCAGCUACAUCUCGCGCACGAUCUUUCCGUUGAUGUUUUGCCCUGGCCUGGGCUACGCGAACGAUCAGUACUGGAUCAGGAGACUACGAAAUCAAACAAGUUCUGGAGAGAAGUCAUUCAGCUUUUCCGGUUGAAUUGGCCGUACUCGCCGGAUUCCGCCUACCAACUCGACCAGAACAGCGGUCUAUACAGCUUUACUGGCACCUACGAAAACCAUGUUCGUGAGAUCAGGAUGUGGAACGUGGAUCCGUCCUUCUUCAAAUCAUUUCCAGCCACAGUCGACGACAUUAUACCACCAGGGUCCCUCGCCCCACUGUACGUUCGUCCAAAUCCGCUGGUCCCACUUGAAAUAAUGGAUGCCGUGAACGAAGAGCCUUCUGCCAACAGGCUUGACCUGCUCGUGGCAGGCUUCAUGUGGGGGAGAGCUCCACGUUUCAAGGUCGCCUACAUGUGCGACAAUAAGGUUUUGAGUCGAUCGUGGGGAGAAUCUUGCAUCCACCAAUGCUUGCAGGGGAUCGGAUGA